AUGACAAAAGCGAUGAAUCGUUUCCGCGCUAAGAGUAUGGCAGAUCUACGUACUCAAGCGUUUGCUCGUCCUAAUCACAGCCAACCACUGACGUUUCAACGACUAUGCAAUCUUUGCAACGAAGUAAAAAUCAAAGCAGAUCAAUAUUUGAACGUGGACGGAGAUCAAGAAUUAGCGUAUAUAUGUUAUUAUAACGCUACCGAGUAUCUGAAUAUGAUAAUGAAAUGUGAAGAGUAUUCACACUUGCCACAAUUCUUUCGAACAAAAUUCGAACAGCAAUGGGCUGAAUGCGAGCAACUAGAAUCUACAUUACGCCUAGAACUGGAACAAAGGUACAAGAGGCAAAAUGUUAACAAACGAAAUAAUACGGUACCAGCAGUGAAUCUGAAGACAGUAAACAAUGCUAUAUGUUUACUUACGCAACACACUCGCUCACUUAAUACAGUUCCACCUUACAACUUAGUUACAGGCCAAACUACAAUACGGAAUAUCUCAGACUCUACUGCUUAUAGAACAUUUGACAAAUGCUUAUCGGGAAACAGAAAUCCAUCAUUCACGUGUGAAAAUACACAAGUGCCAAUAUCAAAAGUACCGCUUUCUCGUUCGGAUACGCCUCAGCCACCUCGAACCCCAAGAGUAAAACCGCGGAAUCGUGAAUGUGUCGUCUGUCUAACUCGAAAGCCUACCGCCGAUUUUCAAAAACGUUUUAGUACAGAAUGUCGACAUACCAUACGCCAGAUUUGUACUCCAUGUGUUCGAGAAAAUACGCACAGAGCUCUCAAGGAUUCACCAGCAACCGAAGUUCGCUGUCCCGAGCAGAAUUGUAAUGUUCUAUUCGAUUUUGUCAGCGUUCAAAGCCUUUUGAAUGGAGCUAGCACGUCUCUGGGUCGUUGUGGAACAGCCCUUACUCGACAUGAAAGUCAUCUAAAAGAAAUGACCAGCGAGCAUUCGAAGAAAGAACAUGCAAAACUCAAAGAACUCACUUAUCGAGAAAGUUUGUUACCCGUCGACGAAGGUGUUGGCUGUAAUCUCCUGAAGUGCGAAAAAUGUGGCGCAAACAAUUGUUCGUAUUCGGAAUUGCAAACUCUCAGCGGGGAUGAGCCAAUGACAGUUUUCGCUCUUUGUCGAAGUUGUGGCCACCGAUGGCGAGGGUGA